AUGGCUGACAUCCAGAACAUUUCGCUGGACAGCCCAGGGAGCGUGGGAGCUGUGGCAGUGCCUGUGGUCUUUGCCCUCAUCUUCCUUUUGGGCAUGGUGGGCAAUGGGCUGGUGUUGGCUGUGCUGCUGCAGCCUGGCCCAAGUGCCUGGCAGGAGCCUGGAAGUACCACAGACCUCUUCAUCCUCAACUUGGCGGUGGCCGACCUCUGCUUCAUCCUGUGCUGUGUGCCCUUCCAGGCGGCCAUCUACACGCUGGAUGCCUGGCUCUUCGGGGCCUUUGUGUGCAAGACGGUGCACCUGCUCAUCUACCUCACCAUGUACGCCAGCAGCUUCACUCUGGCGGCCGUCUCGGUAGACAGGUACCUGGCCGUGCGUCACCCGCUGCGCUCCCGGGCCCUGCGCACACCCCGCAACGCGCGCGCCGCCGUGGGGCUGGUGUGGCUGCUGGCGGCGCUCUUCUCGGCGCCCUACCUCAGCUACUACGGCACGGUGCGCUACGGCGCGCUCGAGCUCUGCGUGCCCGCCUGGGAGGACGCGCGGCGGCGCGCGCUCGACGUGGCCACCUUCGCCGCGGGCUACCUGCUGCCGGUGGCCGUGGUGAGCCUGGCCUACGGGCGCACGUUGUGCUUCCUGUGGGCGGCCGUGGGUCCCGCGGGCGCGGCGGCGGCCGAGGCGCGCAGACGGGCGACGGGCCGCGCGGGGCGAGCCAUGCUGGCGGUAGCGGCGCUCUACGCGCUGUGCUGGGGCCCGCACCACGCGCUCAUUCUCUGCUUCUGGUACGGCCGCUUCGCCUUCAGCCCGGCCACCUACGCCUGCCGCCUGGCCUCCCACUGCCUCGCGUACGCCAACUCCUGCCUCAACCCGCUGGUCUACUCUCUCGCCUCGCGCCACUUCCGCGCGCGCUUCCGCCGCCUCUGGCCCUGCGGCCGCCGCCGCCACCUCCACCACCGCGCCCAUCGCGCUCUCCGUCGUGUCCAGCCAGCGUCUUCGGGGCCCGCAGGUUACCCCGGCGAUGCCAGGCCUCGCGGUUGGAAUAUGGAACCCAGAAGGGAUGCCCUGCGCUCUGGAGAGACUGGACUAGCCCUGCCCGCCCGGGGAGCGCAAUAA